UCAUCACAACUUUCUCUUCAAUCAACUACAUUUCACAUUUCGCUUAAGCAUCUCCCCCAAAAAAACAAUAUCAAAAUGGCAACCACAAUGGCUGGCAUGAGCCUCUCGGCCCCAAGAAUCGUAGCAGGAGUAGACUCAGUGAAGGUCCAGCCCUUCAAGCCCGCCACGUGGCUGAACCAGCCAUGGAAGAGGAGUACUAGCGGCCGCUUGGCUUCCGUACGUCCCUUGUUCGCGGCGCCAGAUCAGAUAUCUGAGAAGGUAGCCGAGAGCAUCAAGAGCGCCGAAAGCGCUUGCUCUGACAACCCGGCUAGCGGCGAGUGCGUGGCGGCGUGGGACGAAGUGGAGGAGCUGAGCGCCGCGGCUAGCCACGCCAGGGACAAGAAGAAGACUUCUGACCCCUUGGAGGAGUACUGUAAGGACAACCCAGAAACUGAUGAGUGCCGUACUUAUGAAGAUUGAUUGAAUUUAUAGCAUAGCGUAAAUUCCAAAGUUACUUCUUCUUCUUCUUAUUUUGAUAUUAUUUACUAUUAAGAAAGGGAAAAAAAAAAAGUUUAUAAUUAGCUGUGUUAUAUAUUAUAUGACGCACUUAUUAAUUUGUACGUGUUUGUUAAUUAAUCUCCAUGAAGCCACAACUUAAUUAUAUUAUUUUGGUGAUGAUGAUAA